GGGAAUUUUUGUUCAAGUGGCGGUGCGAGGGACAGGCGGAGUUUGCUCAAGUCUUCUUGUACUUUGGUGGCCGACGGAGCUAGGUGUCGGCAUCGGCCUCUUAAAAUUAGAAAGUGAUGGUGCGCUCAUUAAUUAGGGAAAUGUGACAACAAGUGCGUUAACUCUCGGGCCAGUGUGUGAAGUGCACGCAUGAAAACUUUGACGUUCUUACUUUCUCUGAAUUUCGUGUGACGGCCGUUGAGUAGAUUUGUGAUGAGAGGCACGGAUAACACGUGACAACGCGAGGGGGCUCGGUUACCCCCCUCAACACUCCCUCCCCCUGAAAGACAUUUAGUGCCACCCACCCCCUAGGAGGCAUCUUUCUUUUUUCUGCUUGUUGAAGAGUUGAACGACAAUGGAGCAGUUCGAGCAGCUGCUGACGUGUGCCAUCUGCCUGGACAGAUACCGCAUCCCCAAGCUGCUGCCAUGCCAACACUCGUUCUGCAUGGAGCCCUGCAUGGACGGCCUGGUCGACUACGUCCGGAGACAGGUCAAAUGCCCAGAAUGCCGUGCAGAACACCGCAUCCCCUACCAAGGGGUGCAAGGCUUCCCGACCAACGUAACCCUGCAGCGGUUCCUGGAGCUGCACAUCGAAAUUACCGGCGAGCUGCCCGACCCCAACAGCAACCAAAUAAUGGAGCGGUGCAACGUGUGCUCGGAAAAGGCCUACUGCUCGCUCUGCAUGCACUGCGAGAAGAAAAUCUGCUCAGACUGCAAGGAGGCGCACAUGGACAUCUUGCGGCGCGAGAUCUCGCGAAUUAACAACCAAAUUCGCCGCGGACUACCUAGGGUUGUAGAUGCAGUCGCCAUGGUGGAGAAAAACGCUCAAGGGUUGGCCCUCAACUGUGCGUCAGUGGAGGGCGAAAUCGACGAGAUCCACAGACGCCUGACCAAGGCUCUCAAAGAUCGCACAGACUACUUGAAAAACGAGAUAGACCGCUAUCUGACAACCGAGGCGCGCAACUUGACCACGCUUAAAAGCCAGCUGGAGCAAGAGCUGUCUAACAUCCAGGCCAAUUGCGAGCUCGCAGAUAAGCAUAUGACGGAAGCCGUUGAUUGGGAUGACUGCGAGCUGAUGGACACAAAAGAUAUUUUCCUAAAGACUGUCGAUUUCAUUAGAAAUUUUGAAUAUGAACAAAGCGACUACACGCGACGAGCCCGCUUCAUUAUGUCGCACGACCCCAACACCUUGGUGGUCAACGUCAGCAAUUACGGAGAACUGGCCAUCAACAUGCCUCAGCCCUUCGGAGUAAUGGGCUCAGGCCAGGGCGGAAACCAGAGCAACACCGGUGGCCUGCAGCCUCCCUCGGGUCCUGGCCUCAUGAGAAGCAAGAGCGACCACCGCUUGGCCUCUCAGUUCAGACAGCAGGAGGAGCAGUACUACUCGCGAGGUGGCGGUGAAGCUGAUGACGCCCUGAACGGCAGGAAGUUUGGAGAACGGCCGCAGGGCAACAGGUACGGCCGCAGGAACGAGGAGUACGACGACGAUACCGAGAGCAGACGGCCAUCUCGCUACAGGUCUCGUUUCACGCGCCACUUGGACAACCCUGACGACGACCCCGAGCCCGCUGGCGGACGAUCUGUGCGUUUCAGCGAGGAGUCUCCGUCCCAAACGCACAUUCCGCGCAAGGAGCGCGAACGCGUGCUCGACACCGAGGACGUGUCCAAGGGGCCUCUGAGUGGAAUCACCCGUCUUUCCGACUCACCAAGAGUCAUGAAGCGCCUCCAAGAGACUGAACUGAAAGAUAAGAAGGCUAAGGAACCUAAGCCGGUUCCUGUUGCGCCCGCUGUUGGUGCCAAGCCGCCAGUAGCCGGUCAACCAGCGAAAAAGACCUCUCGGCAGGUCAGCGAAGAGGAUGAAAUCGCCAAGAUCAAGAAGCAAAACAAGGCUGAAGCGUCAACCGCAGCGGCUGGUGCCGCUGCUCCCGUUCCAACGGAAACGCGGCCAUCGGUCGACAGAACAACGGUCCGCGAAGAAGAACCAGCGAGGAGACCAAGCGAGGUGUUGCAGGUGACGGCUUCCAGCGACGCCGAGGAGUCAGAAGAAGAGGAGGAACCGUCCAGCCCUCCAAAAGCUAGCGAAACCAGCUCAGCGGCCACCGUGAACAACGCUUCAGAAGUCGAGUCCGAGGAGGAGAGCGAUUCAAACACCAAGGCUCGCUCUGCCGCCACAGCUGCGACCACCACUGCCCCGACUUCAACUGAAAAGCCGAAAUUCCAAAGCAGGUUCCUAAACACCAACCGGUCGUCGACCCCAGCCGCACCCGAGCCAAAGAAAGAGAGCUCAGAGUCCGAAUCUGAGGAGGAAAGUGAGUCAGAGGACGACUCUGAGGACGAAACGACGAGCGCGUCGCAGCAAAAAGGUUCAGGCAUAAACUCGCUGCUUGCCAGAAGUGCACAGGCCAGGGAAACGGCAACCACACGAACUCCUGCCAAUGACAGUUCGUACAUGGGGGGUAGGCGUGCCUACAAUGCCGGACGUGAAGAACAAGCGAACAAGUACGGAAGAAAGCAAGAGGAAGAGACACCGUCGUCGCGGUAUGGCAGCUCCGGCUACACGAGCCGGUUUCUUAAUCGCAGCAAGAGCACCGCAGCGUUGUCGCCAGAGGACGAGGAUGGGCCUUCGGGAGGCAGUUUAGCCUCGAGGAAGUACUCGACCGAGGACAAGUACGGAUCAGGGCGCUCAAGGUACGGAACAUCAGGUGUAGGCUCAAACUCGUCGAGUGCGCUCGGCGGCACCUCCGAACUGUCACGCAGCAGGUCGACGCACGCCCUCAAGUCCCGCGAGAACUCCCCCGAACGGGGAGGCGCCGCGAGUGGCGCGGUCAACGGCGAGAAGGACGGCGCAGCACUGAGCUCGUGGGCUCGCUACCUGAAGAACAAGUACGGCAACCGAGCCAAGGAAAAAGAAGCUGGCACUGCGGGUUCCGGUGCCAGCGCCUCCUCCACGGCUGGCUCUGCGGCGUCUCGUCGCCUUUCGCUCGGCUUACCUCUGCGUAACGCCAGCCUCGAUCAAACUUCUGACGACGACCAAAAAAACACGCCUACCUCCCCCACUUCUCCUACAGUGGCAGCCGGUUUCGCAAAUAUCCCUAGAAACCAGUACCUGCAGAAGAGACGGCAACAAUUUAAGAUCGGAAGUCGGGGGAGUGAGCCCGGUUGUUUUACUUGGCCGCGCGGGAUUGCAGUCGGGCCAGACAACACGAUUGUCGUGGCCGAUUCAAGCAAUCACAGAGUCCAGUUGUUUGACUCGAACGGAAUCUUCGUCAAAGAAUUCGGAGCGUAUGGAAGCAGUGAAGGAGAGUUCGACUGUUUGGCCGGAGUUGCGGUCAACAGGAUAGGACAGUUCAUCAUCGCCGACCGAUAUAACCACCGCAUCCAAGUGCUGGACCCCUCGGGGCGCUUCCUGAGGGCGUUCGGCAGCCAGGGUACGGCUGACGGAAGAUUCAACUACCCUUGGGGCGUGACCACCGACGCCUUGGGUUUCAUUUACGUCUGUGACAAAGAGAAUCACAGAGUUCAAGUUUUCCAAUCAGAUGGCACAUUUGUCGGCAAAUUCGGUAGCGCCGGCAGCAAACCUGGCCAACUGGAGCACCCACACUACAUAGCAGUUAGCAACACUAACAGAGUGAUAGUGUCAGAUUCGAAUAACCACCGUAUUCAAAUAUUCGACGUCAACGGAAGAGUCCUUUCCACGUUUGGAAGCGAAGGAUCUGAGGAAGGACAAUUCAAAUUCCCGAGAGGGGUGGCGGUGGACGACCAAGGCUACAUCUGCGUCGGGGACUCGGGCAACAACCGCAUACAGAUCUUUUACCCAGACGGGACGUUCCUUCGAGCGUUCGGGUGCUGGGGCUCGGGGGACGCCGAGUUCAAGGGACUGGAGGGAGUAGCGGUGAUGUCCAACGGCAACAUCUUGGUGUGCGACCGAGAGAACCACCGAAUCCAGGUCUUCUAAACAGACCAGCACCUGGACGAGUGUUCUUGGCAGAAGCCAACGGAGUCGCCGGCGGAACGUCCCUUGCCAAUCGCAGAGGCUUAACAAUAGGUCAAAAACUCCAGCUGGACCACGCUUUAAGAUCCAAACCCAAGCACCAAAC